CAAUGCAAAGAAAGUGCGUGUAUCGCAUAGGGAGAUACGAACGUUCACAGAGGAUUGACACCGUCAAAGACAGCGUGGAAGUGUUUAUAUUGCCUUCACUUUGAAGAAGAGAGGCCGACAGGCCACCAGAGCCUCUAGCUGGAUGGCUGACUCAGAGGGGGCUGAGGGCCCUGAAAGUCCAGUGCAGCCACCCUCCCCAACUGAAGAGAUACAGGAUGCCCCUGAGUCAGAACUGGAAACAAAGACCAACAGCAAAGUUGGCCUGCUGCUGAAGGCAGCUGGAGAUGCACCCAUCAUGAAGCAGAAGUUCUGGAUGGUUGAUCCCAAGAAGCAGGUGACGUGGGUGGUGCAGUUCAUCCGGCGCUACAUCCGGAUGGACCCGUCAGAGUCCCUGUUUGUGUACGUCAGCCAGGCGUUCUCGCCGUCACCCGACCAGACCAUCGGUAACCUGCUGGAGAGCUUCGGCUCGGAGGGCAAGCUCGUGCUGCACUACUGCCGCACGCAGGCAUGGGGCUGAACGGCGCGGCCGGCGCAGGCCCAGGCGGCGCGCGGCUCGCUCCGAGGACUCCGAGUCAGCGGAGAGGCCAGGGUCGGGCCGAGAGUCGUCGGCGCCUACCGUGGGAGCGACGGUGGCAGCGCCGGGGCACGUGCCCGCGGACUCUGAGCGGGUCUGUGGUACCGGCGAUGGGCGGUGGCGGGGUGGCGCGUCAUGCUGUCGUCGGGGUGUGACGCGCUGUGAUGCUCCGUGACGCGGAGUGACACGGAGUGUUAUGCUCCAGGGUGCGCCGGGCUGUUGGGGCCCGCUCGCUGCGGCUCUCCCGGCGUCAUGCGGGUCCCGUCGUCUCCCAGCGUGCACGAGCUGUGCUCAGAGCCCUCCGCCUUGGCCCAGGAAGCACGGCGUCGGCCCGCGGCCGCCUCCAGUCGUGGCGCUUGCCAGCGAUGGCGUGACGUCACGGAAGAUGUGCAGCCAAUCGCCGGCGUUCACCUGUUUUUGAGUUGGUUGUAAAGGGUCAGGUUGGACGGACAGUCGGUAGAUGUCUUUUGCCCCGCUCGUGGCAGCGUCGAGGGAGCUGUGGGCCUACGAUGCCGUGAUGUUGAGUUGAUUGGUGAGAUGAGCGACGGUUUUAUUCACUGUGAUAAUCUCAGUGCUCGUGUGCGUGGUUUGCGUGCUAUGAAGGGCCAGAGGUUAUGCUGAUGUGUUUAGUGAUUAUCAUUCGGGUGUCCCAGGUUUUUUUGUGUCUCCGUCUAUGCUGAUCCUUCACUCGUCGGUCGCUGUUGGGUCGUGAAAUCGACUAUUUCGGCCGGUUUAAACGCUCAAAUACACCACCGACUUAUG